UCUUUGUUUGCGAUUGCAGGAUAGUGUACAGAGGCGAGUGGGACGCGCCGGCCGUCGCCCUCGUCACGAAAUAUGAUUGUUCUCUGCAGAGGUACUGGCGUGAUAAAUUGCAGUCGCAGUCGUCGUUCAAGGUUGAGCGGAAGUCAGUUAGGCAGGACCAGAGGCGACUGGGUGCUACAAACACGCUCUUCAUGUCGGUGCGUGACAGGUACCUAACGAAAUCGAAGAGGAAACAGAUGCAGGCGCAAGAGGACGACGAAGGGGAUGAGGAUGAACCCCCAAGGAAGAAAGGAUCGGUCCCUGCGACUCCAAACCGUGCAGAGCGCAAGGCACGCACGCACCCCUUUUCGCCGAUUCUUAAUGUGCAGCCUGUGCCGAGAGAGACCGACAGGACUUCAGAGGCACACAGGUUGCAUUUGGUGGAGCACUGCAGUGGCAAGCACAGGAAAAUGACACCUGAGGAGGAGCUGAAAAUGAGAAUGGACAAGACAUGGCACACAAGAUAUAGCUGGAUGUGAUGCGAUGAGCCACUAUCAUGGGCCGAAAUGGUGGGGAAGUAACCCCUUUUUUUAGCCCGCCCUUCUGCUUUUCAAAAAGCAUUAAAGCGGGCUUAUGCAACCGCUCUCGUGUCUGUCUGUCCGUCCGUCUGUCCGUCGUCCGUGUAAGAGGAAGGAGAUGAGCUAGAUGUCUACAAAUUUCAGGGUAUCUUAGGGGUCACUCCUGGACAACGAAACGCCUGGUGCAAAUCCUGGCAACCACCCCUAAGGAGGU